UUAACCCCCCACCCCCCUCGCGGCUCCCUCGAUUCUAUGGUUUCUGCCCCCCUCACACCGCGAGCGGGAACCGACUGCUCGUACGUCGGACGCCGGUGGUGGUUCCUCGUCGGUGGUGGACCUCGCGAAUCGUCGUCGUGAUCAUCGCGUCGUUACCAGCCCUCCUGCCUUCGCGCGGUGGAGGAGGUGGUGCUGCUGCUGGUCGGCAUGAACGAUGAUGGAUGUGGAGGAGACCAACACGGCGUCUACCGCGAGUUCCUCGCCGAGACCCUCGAGCCCCGCCGCCGACUCCACUUUCAUCAGCGUGAAGAGGGAACCCAAAGAGGAGCCCAGCAGCCCUCUGGAGGCCACCAGCCCCGGCUCCAUCCUACGCAACAACGAACAGCAUUACGCGGCAGCUGAUUCAAACAGUUCGACGCCCGCUAAGAGCUUCGUACCCUGCAAGGUCUGCGGCGAUAAGGCGAGCGGCUAUCACUACGGCGUAACCAGCUGCGAGGGUUGCAAGGGCUUCUUCAGGAGGAGCAUACAGAAGCAGAUAGAGUACAGAUGCUUGAGAGACGGCAAGUGUCUCGUCAUCAGAUUAAAUCGGAACCGUUGUCAGUACUGCAGAUUCAAGAAGUGCCUAGCCGUCGGCAUGUCCAGAGAUUCUGUCAGAUACGGCAGGGUGCCGAAACGCUCGAGAGAACGCGGCCCAGAGGACGCGAUGUCGACGAACACGACGACGACCACGACCACUACCACCACCACCACGGGGAUGCAGCAACUGACCUCGCCCGGUGCCGGCAACAACAACAACAAUAACAACAACAACAACAGCGCCAGCAAUAAUAACAACAGCAGCAGUCAGAAUAACAAUAACAACAAUAACAACAAUAACAACAACAGCCAGAGCCAGAACGCGGUAUCGCGGGUGCCGUCGGCGGCGGUGGCCGAGGCCGAUCAAUCGGACGCCGACGUGAAAGUGGCCGUGUACGACCUGAUCCUGCAGGUGUCGCAGGCGCACCAAGCGCAUUGCGGCUUCACGGAGGAGUCGGUGAGGGGCCUCGUGAGGAAGCCGAUGAUAAUACCGGCGAGUAAUUCUUCGCAGCCUGCCAGCCCGGAGGACCCGGAAGCGGCCUCCUCGACGGCGGAGACCGUCGAGUCGCAGAGGGUCUGGCUGUGGCAGCAGUUCGCCGUCAGGGUUACGCCGUCGGUCCAGAGGGUGGUGGAGUUCGCGAAACGAGUGCCGGGCUUCUGUGAUCUCUCCCAGGACGACCAGCUGAUCCUGAUCAAGGUCGGCUUCUUCGAGGUGUGGCUCAGCCACAUCUCGAAGAUGACCAGCGACAGUUCGAUGACCUUCGAGGACGGCACGUACAUCACCCGGCAGCAAAUGGAAUUGAUGUAUGAGCCCGACUUCGUGUCCGCGCUGAUGCAAGUCGCGUCGUCGUUGAACGCCCACCAACUGACGGACGCCGAGCUGGGGCUGUUCUCGGCGGCGGUGCUGCUGAGCGAGCGGCCGGGCCUGAACGACGUGAAGGCGGUGCAGAGGCUUCAGGACCGGUUGCUGGAGGCACUCAGGGUGGAGGUGUCACGGAGUCACUCCGCCGCUUCCGGCGACACCGGCUCGGUCUGCUCCGGCGGCGUCUCGCAGAGGAUACCCGAGUUGAGAGCGCUCGGCGCCAGGCACGCCAAUCUGCUCGAUUGGUUCCGCAGAAAUUGGACGAAGCUCAAGUUACCGCCGUUGUUCGCCGAGAUAUUCGACAUUCCCAAGUGUGAGGAGGACUUGCAAUGAGGAGAACCCAUCGGGUACACCGAGAUAAUUCAAGGAAGACCAACGGUGGAGCCGGGAGGAGGAUUCGUCCAGCACACAGCGCUCGAGCUCUUGGAGGUGCGGCGAGAAACGACGCUGCCUUUCGCGCGGUAUUAGGCAAUACUGCGACUCGCUGUAUUAGGAAAUUCAGAAGAGAGAAAGGUGAGAGAGCGAUGUCGUCGUUUGGGGCGAGUCGCGGCGAAUUUCCGACGAUGAUCUUUCGGAAGCGCGCCAACGCUACCGUUCAUUUGCGGCGAGACGUCUCGGGGGAAUGACGCGACGGUGUCUCUCUCUCUCUCUCUCUCUCUCUCUGCGGCCGAAGAGCACCGGCUUUCUCUCUCUCUCUCUCUCUCUCUCUCUCUUUCGCCGGGAGACUACUCGGCGUAACAUUAGGAAAUUAAAUGUUAUAUUAGGAAAAAAUCAAGCUGAGAAGCGCAUCGAGCAGCGAGGUGGCCGUUGAUGAGGGAAAUUCUUUCGGCGAACUUUUCACAGGCGACUUAUCUCAAAGAUAUCUCUCGGUCGCGCUGGAGGAAGCGCGUCAACACACUCUCGAGAGCAAGCAAUAGGACGAAGCUCCGACGGGAGGAGCCCCCCCCGGGUCAAUCGGGCAGGAGAUUCUCGCGCAAUUUGCUCAAAUUCAAGGGAAACGGCUUUGUACUAUUCGCCAGGCAAUACCACACAACAUCACGUACGAACACGCGUCGCGAGCGCGUUUUCCCGAGCGAGCAUACGUAUUACCUGAAAAUACUCAAUCGACGAGAGUGGAUUCUCUUUACGCGUCGCUUCUCACCGUCGCGCGAUAAACUUGCGCAAACGGCGCCGCGUGUACAGCCGUUUGCUUCUUUCUCCGCGCGUAAUGAACGCCACAAAUGGGCAAGCACAAAAUGCGUAUAAUCGAGUCAUGGACGAGAACACGUCCGUUCGUGCUCGAGAUGUUGUUUCCGCGUCCUUUCUUUUUCUUCGGGUAUCUCUAAGGUUUAAGGAUAGAAAACGUACACACACACACACACACACGGACACACAUACAUUAUAUACAUAUAUAUAUAUAUAUAAACACAGCGUGCAGUGCUCACCCGAGCGGGCACUCGUCCGUACGGGAAUCCGUGGUAAUCGGCCAGAUCAGCGUCAGAAACACCAAUUACUCAACGGACAUAUCAGAAAUUAAGAUUACGAAGUGUUCUCCUCCAUAUUAAGCGUUUCCAAGCACGUUCGUGGUUUUUCUCACGGGCCCGCGCCGCGAUCAUCCCGGAGUUCGAGUUUCGACGCGCUGGACGUCGAGAAGCGCGUUCGUUUUAAAGCCGAAUCACAUUAGCGAUUGUCGGCUAGAGCGUUUUUUAAAUGGCAGUCACUAAGUCUGUGGCUUUGCUCCGAUUGGUUGAGAAGUAAUCACAAUUCAAUCGACGAUCGCUAGUGCGAUGAUUUGGAGGAUUCAGUCGGCGUAAAGCUCCGACUCGUUCGAAAACUUUAAAUGGAAAGCUGACUUUCACCGGUGAAAUUAGAACGAGAUCAGCGAAGUUUAGCGAACUGCGCUUGUUCCGGACGACGAUGAAUUGCACUCGUAAGCAAGAGGAACGUCGAAUAUCGAGCUCCUCGAGAUCUCGGCGGCUUCGAUUCCCGAGAAUUGUCUCGCGAGAGUACCGAGACAGCAAGGAACGACAAAACGGACGCGCGGGCGUGCAUACGCACGUUACGCAUAUAUAUAUACAUAAACGCGUACAAACGCUACGCGCGUAGCUAUAUGAUAAAAAGAAAAUGGAGAAGAAGUUGUAUACGCGCGCGAGUACGUAUAUAUAUAAAUACAUAUAUAUAUAUACAAAUUUCACGCUGUAAGGCUCGAGAGGAAAUCUUUAUAGGACGUAUCUCUUUAGGUGCAUCCGCGCUACGAAUCUCAAUAUCUAUGCAAUCUCUAUUUUUAUUACUCGAAAAGUAGAAUAGCGAAUUAUCUCGAUAGAUAUAUAUAUAUAUAAUUAUAUAUAUCGCCGCGCCGCGCUUCGGGAGGCAGGAGGAGCCGUUCCAGGCGGAGACGCGCGCGAGUAAAGUGGAAACGCGACGGCGGUUCGGAUCAAAGUUCCUUAAUUGAUCGCGCACGGUCGCACGUUGUCGUCGCGCCGGUUGCGCGAAAUUUGCAGGUCCGGCAGGCUUGCGAAUCACGUCGCGUCUGGCCGCGGAAGAACAGCGAGCGGAUGCGACCGAUCGGUAUUUAUACACGUAUGUACAAAAAGCUGCAGACGAAACGCAUCAGUAAUCACACACACACACACACACACACACACACACAAUUCAUACACGACAGUCAGAAAUCUUUACCUGAGUCGCGAUUCCGCGCGGAACGAUCCCGAAGCGAGCGCGAUCGGCUCUUCAAACUUUGAACACUAAUAACUCUCUGACAAUGACUAGCAUAUAAUGCAUAACGAUGUAUAAUUGCAUGUGCGAGAGUGAAUGCGAGUAUGUAUGCGCGUGUGUUUGUCUAUUACGUGUGCUAGUGUCGCGUGUAUGUGUGUAUACGUCCGAGAGAGCACGUGAGUGCUUGUGCGCGAGUAUGUGUUUUUCGAAAUACUCAUCCGUGAAACAGCGGGAAUAUAAGAGAGAAAAGAAUUUUAUUGAUAUAGAUAUCACUGUUUUAUUCAGCGGGCGUACUUAAAGUUACGACGUGACCCGGUUUGUCGCUAUCAUUCAAAUCGAAAGAGAAUCGAAGACGCUAUAUCUUUGCGAUAUUAGAAGAAGGAAGAUGAGAUUUUCAACUUUAUCAUUCUCUCCCUCUCUCUGCCUCCCUUCCCCCUCCCACUUUCCCUUCCUCCCUUCCUCUCUCUCUCUCUCUCUCUCUCUCUCUCUCUCUCUCUCUCUCUCUUUCUCUCUUCCACUCUUUUUUCUCUAAGCGCUCACAUCAAGUUGUGAAUAAACAUAUCAUACUUAAUUAAUAUAUUGGACAAAGAGGAUAUCAUCGUUUAAUAUAAUAUAAAUAUAUAUAUAUUGAAAAAAUAUAUAUAUGUAUAUUGCAAAGGGACAUUAUGAGACUAUAUUGCAAAGGGAGUAGCUAUUAAAACGCGUUUACGUCGAGAGAAUCGCAAGGUAGACAUAUCGGCGACUACUGUAACGAUCACGCGCCGCAUGUAGUGUUCUCUCGCUUUGUUUUUUGUCGUUUUUACUCUAAUCCUCGUAAUCGGUAAAACGAAAGGUCUCUCGACUCUCUUGUGAUCCAGUGUGGAAAUAUCGAACGUGCGCUAUUCGCCGCUCAUUAAUCAUUGUUUUCCGCUCUCUCACUCGAUUGUCGCGGAACGGCGCGGGGAAGUGGGAAAAAGUGUCGAUUAACUUUCUCGGACAUUUUUCUCCGCCGUCGCGAUAUCGCGCGGUGUUUCUUUUUCUUUUUCCAAAUUUCUAGUCUCCGACAAAUCAUUCGCCGAGGUAACAAUCGUGAAUUGAGGUGUUCUCGCGAACGUUGCUGGAAUAUAUAAUUAUAAACGGCCAAAUACAUUAUAUAUAAAUAUAUAUAGUAAUAAUAUAGUAAUAUUGUA